CUUGCCUCUUGUGCUCCAAACUUAUCAGUUGGAAGUAAGGUAUUAGGAGUCAACGACACACUGGCUGUCAAACUAUUACAAACCAUGGAAUCGGAAUUUCCUUACGGCCUGAACCCCUUCCCGGAGGAGGCGCAGACGAAGCUCAAGACGAAGUUCCUCGGGUUCAGGGGCGGCCUGGUGGACGCAGAGGGACACCAUGUCAUGCCCGCGCACUACGGCCGCUUUGCCAGGCGGUACUUCAACUAUGACUUCCAGACAGACGAUGUGCUGGUCAUGACUUUCCCAAGGAGCGGCACGACGUGGACGCAGGAGGUCGUGUGGACGAUGAGGAACCAGGUAGACGUCGACACCGCGGCCAAGGUUCCUCUCGACGUCAGGGUCCCCUUCAUGGAGUUCGAUUCCCUGCACCCGGAGCACCUCCCUCUCGCGGCGCCCAUCGAAGAGGCAUUUCGUAAGCGCCACCCAGGGGAAGACCCGAGAGACAAGGGCAUCUUCCUCGAUCUCGUAGACGCCCUGCCUUCCCCGCGCACGAUUAAGACGCAUCUGCCUUUCUCCAUGUUCAGGCCUGGUCUUCUCGACACGUGUAAGGUAGUGUACGUAGCCAGGAACCCAAAAGACGUAUGUGUGUCUUAUUACCACCAGCAAAGACUCGUCAAAGUUGCAGAGUUCAUGGGAGAUUUCCCUGAGUAUGUGGACUUCUGGACUCAAGAUCUCCUCCUCCAGGCCCCUUACUGGCCGCACCUGGCAGAGGGCUGGGCGAGGCGACACCAUCCCAACGCCCUGUUCCUCUUCUACGAGGACAUGAAGGAGGACAUCCUGCGGGAGCUCGGGCGCCUCAACACUUUCCUGGGGACGGCGCUGACGGAGAGCCAGUUGCAGACGGUCGCUCGCCACACCUCCUUCUCCGGCAUGAAGAGCCGAGGCACCACCAACCCCACCGCCGCGCUGCAGGAGUCCGGGGAAUUCAAGAAGGGCGAGGCGGAGUUCAUCAGGAAAGGAACUACGGGUGACUGGACCAACUUCUUCACGCCUGAACUGGAGGAAAAGUUCGAGGAGUGGAUGGAGAAGUGGCGACCCACCUCCGCGGAGAUCCCCUUCAGGUACCGCAUCUAGGUCCCCGAGUGAUACCAGAGUGCCAGGUGCCAGCAAGAUUCCCGAGUAAGAGUUACCAGGGUGCCAAUCGCCAGGAUGUUAACAAGUCUAAGUAUAGCGGAGAUAUUGAACGAAUGUCCUGUUACUAAUAUAAUAAAAUUUUAAUAAAAUUG